AUGCCCGGCCAGCGUCUUCGUCCAACAAAGCCGACUCGGCCCCGCGCAUCCCUCGUCGCUGCGGCGGCGGCCAGCGAGUCGCCCUCGACAUCUGCGCCCGCAGCGGGGCAGCAGCCGCUCUUCCUAGACCCCGACGCCGACGACGAGGCAGACGAGAAGCACGACGCAAUGGAGGACACAAAGGAGGACACCCGCGAGCCAGCCCCGGCGGCGACCCCUGCUCCGGCACUGACGCAGGCGCAGGCUCCGACACAGCCGACAGCGUCAGCCUCGAGCUCGCAAGUGCAGGGCGCGCGCACCGAGCCCGUCAAGAUGAAGUUUAAGCCGAAGAUGCCAAUCCGGCGCGCAGUGCAGGAGGACGUGAAGACGGACGUGGCCACCUCGUCUCGGGGUCGGGGCGGGAUCCGCGGUCGCGGACGGGGCGGUAUGCGCGGCGGCCGUGGCGGUUCCGCUGCCGUGAGCACAAUCGCCGCCGGUCCCUUUGGCGGCAACCGGCCCACGUCGCGGCGCGUCGUCGCCCCCCCUCCCCCGAGCAGGGGCAUGGAGACGGUCGCCGUCGAGGUCUACUCGGACAACGAGGACGGCUCGCGUCCGGGCGUCAUUGACAUUGACGCUGUUUCCGGUCUCUCCGAAUCGGCCCCUACGUCGGUCUACCGCGCCCGCGACCUAGAUGGUGGCAAGGCCGCAGCGAAGGCAAAGGAGAAGGAGAAGAUCAAGGCGCAAAAGGAGCGGAAACGGCGACAGAAGCUUGUCCGUGCUGCCGUUGCGGGUGACGUGCCGGGCGACGUGUUCGUCAAGGCUGAGCCCGUCUCCCCCUCUCGUCCCGGCGCCCCUCUGCCGACGACAGCCGACGACGACAUGAACAUGGAGCGCGAGGGCGACAGCAUGAUCCCCGCCGACCAGACGCAGGACAGGGACGAGGCGGGCCGCCGUGUCCGUGCCCUCACGUCUGUGACGGACAUUUCGACCGUGAGCGGCACGCCAGACGUGAACGAGGCGCAGCGCGUGGACCUCUCCGAGUCCGAGGACGAGGAGUUCGAGGAGGACCUCGGCGGCGACUUCAUCCUGGUGCCCGGCGGCGAGCAUCCCGAGGACAAGCUGUUCACGUUCCAGUUCCCCCACAUGUUCCCCAAGUUCAAGCCGCCCCCCGAGCCUGUCGUGGAUGUCGACGGUGCCGCCGAAGGAGCCGCCGGAGCUGGCGGAGCCGCCGCUGGAGCCACUGGUGCUGGUGCAGAGGCGGAGAAGAAGGAGGAGAAGCCCAAGCUCGCUGCCGCCGCUGCGGGGCGGAAGAAGCCCACCCCACCGCCCACGGGCCGGAUUGGCUCCCUCGUCGUCCUCAAGAGCGGCAAGGUCAAGAUGGUCAUGGGCUCUGGCGACUCGGCCGUCGUCAUGGACGUGAGCCCCGGCGUCAGCCCGAGUUUCCUCCAGACGCUGGUCCAUGUCGAUCAGAAGAGCAAGACGCUCGCUGUUGCCGGCGAGGUGCACAAGAGCUAUGUUGUCACGCCCGACGUGGACCGGUUGCUGGACGAACUGUUCAUUAACGGAGGCGAGACGCCGGGAGACCGCGAGAAGCGCGCCCUCAGGCAGGUCAAGAUGGAGCGCGGGGUUAAGAUGGAGCUCGACUAG